UAAGAAAAUAAUAUAAAACGCUGAUAAAAAACUGCGUUUCAAACGAAAGCUUUUUUUAUUUUGGUUGCUUAAGAUUGUUCUGUGAGCUCUAAUGGAGAAUAAGGUGAAAGAAAAAGACCUACAACAGACUUCCACGUGGGCCGUCGCCGUGGUUUGCUUCGUCUUGCUUCUAAUUUCGAUUGUCAUUGAGAAACUGAUUCAUAAAGUUGGAACCUGGUUUAAAAGGAAGAACAAAAAAGCUCUUUAUGAAGCUCUUGAAAAGGUGAAAGCAGAGCUUAUGCUGAUGGGAUUCCUAUCACUACUGCUAACAAUUGGCCAAAACUUUACAUCAAAUAUUUGCAUCUCCAAGAGCAUCGCAGCAUCAAUGCACCCUUGCAGUAAAGAAGAAGCGGCGAGAAUCUACGGCCCUAAGGAAGAUCCCAGAAAUGACAAAGGAGACGAAGAAAACUCUGGUCGAAAGCUUCUCCAGUUAGUCGAUUCUUUCAUUCCUCGGAGGAGUUUGGCUACUAAAGGUUAUGACAAAUGUGCAAAAAAGGGACAAGUCGCUUUUGUAUCGGCUUAUGGGAUGCAUCAGCUUCAUAUAUUCAUCUUCGUUCUUGCGGUUUGUCAUGUGAUCUACUGUAUUGUUACUUAUGCUUUGGGCAACACCAAGAUGAAAAGGUGGAAGAGGUGGGAAGAGGAGACAAAGACAAUCGAAUAUCAGUACUCACACGAUCCAGAGAGGUUUAGGUUUGCAAGAGAUACAUCUUUUGGGCGUAGACAUCUGAAUUUCUGGAGUAAAUCGUCUAUUUUGCUGUGGAUUGUAUGUUUCUUCAGACAGUUCUUUGGAUCUGUAACCAAAGUUGACUACUUGACACUAAGACAUGGUUUCAUCAUGGCCCAUUUGGCUCCUGGGAGUGAUGCGAGGUUUGAUUUCCGGAAAUACAUUCAGAGAUCAUUAGAGGAAGACUUCAAGACCAUUGUCGAAAUCAGCCCUGUGAUCUGGUUUGUCGCCGUGCUAUUCCUCUUAUCCAACACAAACGGAUUGAGUUCUUACCUCUGGCAACCAAUCAUUCCUUUCGUCGUGAUUCUUAUUGUUGGGACAAAGCUUCAAGUGAUAAUAACAAAACUAGGACUACUAAUCCAAGAGAAAGGCGAUGUAGUGAAAGGCAUGCCGCUUGUUAAGCCCGGUGAUCAUCUAUUCUGGUUUGGUCGACCACGUUUCAUUCUCUUCCUCAUUCACUUGGUCCUCUUCUCGAACGCGUUUCAACUCGCUUUCUUUGCCUGGACUACGUAUGAGUUCAAGAUCGAUAACUGUUUCCACAAAAACAGAGCAGCUGUGAUCAUCAGAAUCUCACUAGGAGUCAUCGUACAGAUUCUUUGCAGCUACGUGACUCUUCCUCUCUACGCUCUAGUUACUCAGAUGGGUUCAAAGAUGAAACCUACAGUGUUCAACAAGAAAGUAGCAACGGCGUUAAAGAGUUGGCAUCACAAAGCUAAGAAACAGAUCAAACAUGGAAGAAACUCAGAAUCAACGACGCCUUUCUCUAGCCGUCCAACUACACCGACACGCGGUUCUUCUCCGAUUCAUCUCCUCCGCAACUUCCAUAAACGAAGCAGAAGCGCCGACGAAAGCUUCGUGAAUUCUCUGUCUUCUCCGAGAUACUCUGAUUUCGACUCGUGGGAACCUGAGCCUCAACACGAAGCUUCUUCUUCCGCAUACCAUCAUUCUAGGGUUAGAGAAGAAGACUUUGAGAACAAAGCUUCUUCUUCAUCUGUUGUGGAGCUUCCUUCUAGACCUGAACAAAUACCAACACAGCUUCAGCAUGAGAUUACUAUAAGCCUGAGGGAUUUUUCGUUUAAAAAAUGAUUUGCUCAUUUUUAAAUUGAUUAUUAUUAGUGAUUUGUUAAUAUGUUAUAUGGAAACAGAUCUUAUACAAAAAAUUCUUCUCGUUUUA